AUGCCGGAACUAAGUAAUAUUAAUAAAGAUAAUAUUAAUGAAGAUUUAAUGAUUCAAAAAGUAGCAUUUGAAGUUUCUCAAUUAGAAAAAAUUGCUCAAAAUAGAAGUAUCAAAGGUUUAGAUAUUAAUAAUGAAGAUUAUGAUAAUUCUGAUGAAAAAAAUGAUAAAUUUUUUAUAGAGUUAAAAGAUACUUUAUUUGAUAUAAAUGGAAAUUUAAUAGUUUUAAAUUUAAUUAAGAUUAGACAGUCUCACAAUGCAUUUUUACAGAUGGAAUAUGAAAAAAAAGCAUCAGAUAUUAGAAUUCCAAAAAAUAUGCUAGAAUUAGCAAAUAUAAUAGAAAAUUACCUUUAG